UGGCUCCUCCGGCCGCAGCGGCGGGUGCAAACUCUCGGUCCGGCAAACUGCGAGAGAUCCCUCUCCCCCCCCUCCCCCCGAGCCCUCCCCCUCCCCCCUCCGGCGUCCGCAGAGGCUUCCCGUACCCGCACGACUCGUGUUAUUAUUUACAUAUCGAUCAGCCCAGCUUGGAGAAAUCCCCCUGCUGAGACUCAAACAAGACCCUCGUCAUGUCGAGCACUCAGAUAGACAGCGGCUCGGCUGAAGCCAAGAAAACAACAGACAUGAGAAUGAACGAGAAGAAGUGCUCAUGGGCCUCCUAUAUGACAAAUUCUCCAACGGUGAUCGUAAUGAUCGGCCUGCCUGCCAGAGGGAAGACCUACAUGUCGAAGAAACUCACGCGUUACCUCAACUGGAUCGGAGUCCCAACCAAAGUGUUUAACUUGGGCGUGUACCGCAGAGAGGCCGUCAGAGCUUAUAAGUCCUACGAUUUCUUCCGGCACGACAAUGAGGAAGCCAUGAAAAUAAGGAAGCAGUGCGCUCUGGUCGCCCUGCAGGACGUGAAGGCGUACCUGUUGGCGGAGGGAGGUCAGAUCGCGGUGUUUGAUGCAACAAACACAACAAGAGAACGACGUGACCUCAUUCUAGGUUUCGUGAAGGAGCAUGCGUUCAAGGUGUUCUUCGUGGAGUCGGUGUGUGACGACCCGGAGGUCAUUGCUGCUAAUAUUCUGGAAGUGAAAGUGUCCAGUCCGGACUACCCCGAGAGACACAGAGAGAGAGUCAUGGGCGAUUUCCUCAAACGAAUCGAGUGCUACAAGGUUACUUAUCAACCACUAGAUCCAGAUGAUUAUGACAAGGACAUAUCUUUCAUCAAGGUGAUGAACGUGGGCCGGCGUUUCCUGGUGAACCGGGUUCAGGACUACAUCCAGAGCAAGAUCGUCUACUACCUCAUGAACAUCCACGUGCACUCUCACUGCCUCUACCUGUGUCGGCACGGCGAGAGCGACCACAACGUCGACGGCCGCAUCGGAGGCGACUCUGAACUCUCUCCCCGAGGGAAACAGUUCGCCCGCGCCCUGCGAGACUUCAUCGAGGAGCACGAGUUGUUGGAUUUGAAGGUGUGGACGAGCCAACUGAGAAGAACCAUCCAGACUGCGGAGGAGCUGGGCGUCCCUUAUGAACAGUGGAAGAUACUCAACGAGAUCGACGCGGGAGUGUGUGAGGAGAUGACUUAUGAGAUGAUCCAGAACUCGUUCCCAGAGGAGUUUGCCUUAAGGGACCAGGACAAGUACCACUACCGUUACCCGGGAGGGGAGUCCUACCAAGACCUCGUCCAGCGCUUGGAGCCCGUCAUCAUGGAGUUGGAGAGGCAGGGCAACGUGUUGGUCAUCUGCCACCAGGCGGUGAUGCGCUGCCUGCUAGCUUACUUCCUGGACAAGAGUGCAGAAGAUCUGCCAUACAUGAAAUGCCCGCUCCACACAAUCCUCAAGCUGACCCCUGUUGCAUACGGUUGUAAAGUGGAGAUGUUUUAUCUCAACGUGGAGUCAGUGAACACGCAUCGAGACCGGCCUCUUUAUUUCAUCUCCUACCAGGAUAAAAACCCGCUGGACUCUGCUCUCAUACAUCGGCGGAAUAGUUACACGCCCUUGUCCAGUCACGACCAGGUCAAGCGUCCCAGGCUCUACAGCGCGGGCAACCAGCCCUGGCUACCGCUCGCCCCCACCCCUUCAGCGCUGAUGCCGGAGGGACGGCAAAGCCAAGUUAGUGCCUGUAGCUCCGGGCUCGCCCCCUCUCUAAAAUCCGUCACCGUCUACUGUACUCAGUCACCAACCCCACCACAGUUGCAACCCUGUGUUUGGCAUCCCCUCGCCUCAGUUUGGGAUCCUCUCGACGAUUUAGUGUCCGUGUUGAAAACGGUGAGUCCCUGUGUGAAGGAAGCGACUUUGACAGCCCCGAAGAAACUAGUGUCUGUGUCCGCUUCUGAGUGAAGACGAAAGCCUCUUCCUCCACGGCACAAUGUGGGCAACAGUCCUGGGAUCAGUCAUGAAUCAAAGGACUUUUUCUUUUUUUAAACCAAACUUUUGAAAAUGAUGGGUUAACUUUACUCUGCAUGCCGAGGCUGUGAACUGGAAGCCUUAUCAUUAGUACCAUAAGCACUUCUGCAUGUGGGACGAAAUCAAUCAAUCAAUUAAAAAUAAAACGGGCAACUCAUCAUCAUUGUAAAUAUUGCGAUGCCUAACUGAACUUAAAGUAUAUUGAUAGCUCUUCUGUAUGAAUGUAACAAGAGCAAUUGUGUGUAACUAUGAUGAAAAAGCCCAUUUUCAGUAUUAAAACUACAAUAUGUUAUAAAGUAGAUGCAGUAAAGAUAUUUUUAUAAUAUGAAUACCUUCAUAUACCCUGCAAACAAGCUGUAGAUCUUAUCAAAUGUAUUCAGAGCUAUCAUCUAUUAUGUCUUAUGUUAUUUGAGAGAAUGUACUUUUCGGGUUCUGAAGGAAAUUCACAUAUGAAAUGUCUUGUUUGAUAAAUACAUUGGUGGACACACUGUGUGCCAGAAGCAGAUUAAAAAAAAACCUUAGUAUUCUGUCAAAAGCUGCCAUUUCAUAAUGUAUACAAGCUAGUGUUAUCUGUCACAAUGUUAACUAAAUCAUAAAUCAGUUAAUGCAUUGUUCGUCUUGCCUGUAUAUACGAGGAAGGGAUAUUGUGCAUCAAAAGCAUAACACAAACUUGUAUUAAAUCUGUUAAUGUAUUUUACCCUUUUAAAUUCUCUACAUCAGCCUAGAUAUACUUUACUUAAUAAUAGACAGUGACACAAGUUCCAUUCUAUGACUGUAAGUUUUGACUGUUGCUAAGUUGUUCAAUCAGCCUACUCGUGCCUUUUAAGCGGUCAAUAAAAGUGAAUUUUGAA